AUGGCUGACAGACGUAAAGGUCAUGGUAGACCCAGAACUCAGAAUUCGGACUCCGAACCGCCAAGUGGUAGUGAAGGUUUUCAAUGGCCUCAGUUCAUGCAACAGAUGCAACAACAACAUAAUCAAUUCAUGCAACAGAUGAUGCAACAGUGGAAUGGUGGUUUUCAUCCUCAAGGGGUUCCACAAGAAGCUGUAGGUGGUAGUUUCCGAGAUUUCUUCCGCAUGAAUCCUCCUGAGUUCCAUGGUGGGUUAAAUCCUGUGAAGGCUCAUGAGUGGAUAACCAACAUGGAAAGUAUUUUUCAGAUAGUGCAUUGUAGUGAAGAGAAUAAGGUUUUGUUUGCUUCUCACAUGAUGAAGGGUCCAGCUGUGAGAUGGUGGGAUAAUGCUUCGACUCUCAUGACCAAUCAAGGAGUACCUAGGGAUUGGGAGCAUUUUAAGACUACUUUCCUGGAUAAGUAUUUUCCUAGCUCUUUGAGGACUCAGAAAGAAUUUGAGUUUCAGCAGCUUAGACGGGGUCCUAUGACAGUAGCUGCAUAUACUGAGAAAUUUGAAGACAUGACUGCUUAUUCUAGACAAGCCACGUACGCACCAGAUGAGAAAUGGAAGAUCGAUCAAUUCCUUUUUGGUCUAAGAGGUGAAAUUUCUCACAGUGUUUCUCAAAGGGAAUUCACCACUUAUGCUGAAUUGUUAAGGCAAUGUUGUGUGGCUGAGAAUAGUUUGAAGGAAGUUCAAGAAGAAAGGGAUCAGUUUAGGAGUGGACAGAAGGACCAAGGGAGGCCAGGUAACCAGUUUAGGCCUAGACCUCAGGCUUUCAAGGGGAAACAAGUGCAGCAUGCAAGACCUAACCAUCCUCCGUAA